GGGUCAUCUAGUCCAACCCCCUGCAAUGCAGAAAUCGCAGCUAAGGAAUCCCUGACAGAUGACCAUCCAACCUCUCUUUAAAAACCACCACGCUCCAAGGCAGUCUGUUCCACUGUCAAACAGCUCUCACGGUCAGAAGGUUCUUCCUAACAUUUCAUCGGAAUCUCCUUCAAUGUUAUUUGAAGUCAUUGUUUCAGGUCCUCCCCUCUGGAGCAGCAGAAAACAAGCUUGCUCCAGCUUCCAUGAGACAGCCCUUCAGAUAUUUGAAGAUGGCUAUUUUAUCACCUCUCAGUCUUCUCUUCUCCAGGCGAAAACAUGCUCAUCUCUCUCAACCGUUCCUCAUCAGGCUUGGUUUCCAAACCUAGCUGCAAGGGUGGGAAACCAAGAAAAAGCCAUACAGGUUGGUCGAAGACAUCUCCCCACCUCUCUGAUGCCAACGUCACUAUGUAAAUGUAGCUUGAAAUGCCAUGGGAGAGGGAAUGAACCUGCAAAUUUCUCCUACUUCCAGGAUCCCCCUUUUCAUCUGCAUGCUGCAAAGGUGACGAUAUUCUAGACUCUGUUUCUUUCUACUCUGGUGUCAGUUUUGUCCUGAGGGUGGAGCAGAGAGCAGGCAAAGUCUGCUUUCGCCACCGCUCCCUGCCUUUGCAGUCGCUUUAGAACGCAUCCACUCCGCAAGGGAAACUGCUGCUUCCAGCUGCACAAAAGGAAUCGCUUGGAGAAUUGUUGGUUUUACAGGCACUCCUGGGGAUCCAGCCUCCCUCCUGUCAUUCUUCCGUAUGAAACAGCAAUGAAAGCAUGGCAUCUUCCGACCGCUGAUGGGAUCCAGUCUCCCUUCCCUGAAGGAUGGAUUUCCACGUGAAUCACACCGUGAGCAUGAAUGACAGCGCUCCAAAUAUCUCCAAGACAGGACAAAACUUUUCCCACAAUGGCGACCUCAGCCCUGCAAGCUACUCUACCUUCAUCAUGCCCACCCUGUUUGGCAUCAUCUGCUUGCUGGGCAUCAUCGGCAACAGCAUGGUGAUCUGCGCCGUCUUCAAGAAACCCAGCCCCACCAGCAGCGUCCCGGACAUCUUCAUCAUCAACCUAUCCAUGGUGGACUUGCUCUUUCUCUUGGGCAUGCCGUUCCUCAUCCACCAGCUGCUGGGCAACGGCGCUUGGCACUUUGGAGAAACCAUGUGCACCAUCAUCACCGCCUUGGACGCCAACAGCCAGUUCACCAGCACCUACAUCCUAACCGCCAUGUCCAUCGACCGCUACCUGGCCACGGUGUACCCCUUCACUUCCACACGCUUCCGGAAGCCCCCUGUAGCCAUCUCGGCCAUCUGUAUCCUUUGGGCUCUUUCCUUCCUCAGCAUCACUCCCGUGUGGAUGUACGCAAGGCUCAUUCCCUUGGGCGGAGGCUUGCUGGGCUGUGGGAUCUGCCUGCCGGACCCUCAGCGGGACGUCUACUGGUACACCCUGUACCAGUUCUUCCUGGCUUUCGCCAUCCCUUUCGCCCUCAUCACCGUGGCCUACAGAAGGAUCCUGCUGAGGAUGGCAAGCUCCUCGCAAGCCCUGACCGGGCAGAGGUGCACCAGGCUCCGCACCAAGAAGGUGACUCGGGUAGCCAUUGCCAUCUGCCUGGCCUUCUUUGUCUGCUGGGCCCCUUUCCACGUCCUGCAGUUGGUCCAGCUGGCCGUGCCCCAGCCCACCCUCGCUUUCUACUAUGCCUACAAUGUGGCCAUCAGCCUGGGCUACGCCAACAGCUGCCUGAACCCUUUCAUCUACAUCUUGCUCGGGCAGAACUUCCGCAGGCGCCUUGUCAUCUCGGUCCGGCCUGCGGAUGCCGGGGAGGAGGUGACCCAGAACCGGGUCAAAAGCGCACGGGGACAGCCCAGCGAGUCUGGGCAGCCUCUGCUGCAUUUGGUCUCUGUUUCAGCCAGGUAGGGAUGAGAAUAUUGCGGCCUUGCUCCCAUUCUUAGUCCAGUUAGCCGCAGGGACUGGUGAUAGUCCGCUGAUAGGAAGAAGAGAGGAACAUUCACCUUAUGCAUCUAGCUCAGUAGGGUCUGCAGCAGGAGUAGCCAACAUGGCGCUCUCCAAAUGUUGUUGGACUGCAACUCUCAUCAGCCACAGCAAGGAGCUGACAAGGAUCAGGGAUUUCAUUCAUUCAUUUGGUUGGUUUGUUUCAUUGCUUUUGUAUACCUGAAGGAGCGUAUCCACCUCCAUCGUUCAGCCCAGACACUGAGGUCCAGCUCCAAGAGCCUUCUGGUGGUUCCCUCAUUGCGAGAAGUGAGGUUCCAGGGAACCAGGCAGAAGGCCUUCUCAGUAGUGGAACACCCUCCCAUCAGAUGUCAAGGAAAUAAACAGCUACCUGACUUCUAGAAGACAUCUGCUUGAUGUUUUGCUGUGGUUUUAUAAUUUGUUGGAAGCUGACCAGAGUGGUUGGGGCA